AAACAUAAUUACAAAGUACUCCUUCUAACCAGGACAAGAGUCUUCAAAAUCCUCAACCAGAUCCUCCCGAACCUCAACCAGACCCAGGGGCGGAGCCACACUGGUCACAUGACACCUGCUGGGAACAAACACUCUGCGGUUGUGGCUGAAGACAGGAGGACACAGGACAGACUCUGCUGCUACUGUUGCUGCUGCAGGAACAAUGUCAGCGUUGAAGCUGGACGAGUGUCGAGAGCGGAUUCGCAAGGAACUUGAUGAUGUUGUGAACUUCUGGCUCAAAUACUCUCACGACACUGAACACGGGGGCUUCUUCACGUGUAUUGGAAGAGACGGGACGGUCUAUGAUGAGCUCAAAUAUGUGUGGCUGCAGGGUCGACAGGUGUGGAUGUACUGUCGUCUGUACCGAACCAUGGAACGCUUCCAUAAACCUGAAAUCCUGGAAGCAGCAAAAACAGGAGGAGAGUUCCUCAGAAGAUUUGCCCGUGUGUCCAGCGGCGGCAGCAGCAGCGGCAGCGGCGGUCAGUGGAAAUGUGCGUUCUGCUUAACGCGCGACGGUAAAGCGGUCAAGAUUCAGAGGACGAUAUUCAGCGAGUGUUUCUACGUCAUGGCCAUGGAUGAACUGAGCCGAGUCACCGGUGACAAGGACAUGCAGCUGGAGGCUGAACAGAUGAUGGAGCAGCUGGUUUACUGGGUCCGAGUGGACGGGUCCGGCCUGGGCCGACCCCGGCUCCCCGGUGAUGUUCCCGCCAACAGCAUGGCAGUUCCCAUGAUGCUCUUGUGUCUGGUGCAACAGCUCACUGAAGGCCGCGGUCCGGAGGUCGCGCAGAGAUACAGGGAGUUGGGCAGCUGGUGCAUCCAGCAGAUUCUGCAGCACAUCCAGAGGGACGGCACAGCGAUUUUAGAGAACGUGUCCCUGGACGCAGCAGAACUGCCGGGUUGCCAGGGGCGACAGCAAAACCCAGGUCAUGCACUGGAAGCGGGCUGGUUCCUGCUACAGUACAGCGCAGAGUGGGGCGACGAGGAGCUCCAGAAAACUGCCAUCGACAAGUUUGUGGAGCUGCCUUAUCGAUGCGGCUGGGACAAAGAGCACGGUGGCCUCUUCUACUUCCUGGAUGUGGAUGGUCACUGCCCCACACAGUUGGAGUGGAAUAUGAAGCUGUGGUGGCCUCACUGUGAGGCCCUCAUCGCCUUCCUCAUGGCCUACAGUCAAACCAAAAAGCCUGAGCUGCUGGACAGAUUCUCUCAAGUUUACAAAUACACUUUCAGCCACUUUCCUGAUGCUCAAAGCGGGGAGUGGUUUGGCUACUUGACACAAGACGGGAAAGUGGCACUGGAUUUUAAAGGAGGCCCCUUUAAAGGAUUCUUCCAUGUUCCUCGCUGCCUGUACAUGUGUGAGCGCAUCCUGGACGAUCUACUGGCCACCGAGAGCUGAGAAACGUGGACAUUCAUUUUAAUUUGUUUUGUGGAUUCUGUUUACUAAAUCAAACCAUAAUACUAAUAAUCAAUCAAUUUUCACAUAUGCAUUAUUGUAAAUUUACUGGUGUCACAUCCAAGAAAAAGUCCAUGUGUAUAAUUUGUACACAUACAGUAUCAAAGCACAGCUGCUGCAAAGAAACACUGGUCAAUCACUGGUCAAUCACUGGGACAUUUUCUGGCACCAGAGGCAGAUUGUGUUGAUCUUGAUUUAAGACACUGUUCUAAAUCAUGUUGUCCUUAACUCUGCACCCACCUGACAUCUCACUGACACUUUUUCUCUCUACGUUGCUAAAACGUCCAUAUGACAGGAGACUUGCCCAAUGUGACAGCCCUGCGACAGAGCCAAAAGUCACACUAGACAAUUCACACUAACAGCGACAUCUACAGUAUUUGGAAGUCACUGCUUCACACUGCUGACCUGUGAUGUCGCCUCCUCGUCACACAGAAACACAAAAAUAGUGGCACUAAAACCACUGUGCCUUCUUACACAAGCCCCGGAACUGAUCUUCACAUCUUAUCCGUUCCACUUAGAAUCUGUUGACUUUUUAACAGGCCAGUAAAUGAAUUGUAUAUUGAAAUGUUACUGCGGAUGAUUUAGAUGUGCAAUCUGACUUGAAGCAUUAAAUAGAGCUGUAUUUAUGAACUAUAAAGUUAAAAACUAUGUUCAAGUUUACAGAACACUUUAUUAGUUUGAUGGUAUUUUAGUUUCAAACAUUUUGGCUGGCCCACACAACUUUAAAAGGCUUUUUGAGGCUGGGAAAAUGUGUAUUUGUUACCUCUUUAGGACCAUUUUCUGGUAUAAAUACUGACCUUGUCAGGACACAUAUAGUCCUCAUGGAGACCAAAACCUGGUCCUAAUGAAGCAGAUGGAACUGGUUAUAUUUAGGGCUUAGAUUUGAGUUGUGGUGAAAGUUAAGGUUAGCGAUGAAUGAUGCUUUGUUUAAGCUGUCACAAACAUUUGGGGAAAUUAGGGACAUUUUGUCAGGUCCUCACAUCUUUAAAGGCCUUUUUGAGAGUUGUUAAGGUUAGGGUAAGGGACUAGGUAAUGAGGGUUGUGGUAUUGUGGACCUUAUAAAAGGAAUAUAGAUAGAUAUAUGUUGGAAAAUGAUGAGGUGAUCAUGUAACCCCCAGCUCGCGACGUUUUUGUGUGCUACAUUCCUGAAUAAAUUGUAAUAAAAAGUGAUACCAGA